AUGGAGAAAACUUUGUGUUACAUUUUUGCAUCUUUAGUUGCAAUCCUAACCUCCCAAAAGUGUUGCACAGCCCAACUCACCAACCUCGCCACCGACCAAUCUUCCCUUCUCGAAAUGAAAGCUCACAUCAUUUCAGACCCUUCACUCACAAUCACAACAAAUUGGAGCAAUUCGAGCUCCGUUUGUAGUUGGAUUGGUGUCACGUGUGGUAGUCGCCACCGUAGAGUCACCGCACUAAAUCUUUCUGACAUGGGCCUCUUGGGCAGCAUUCCUCCACAGCUAGGAAACCUCUCCUUCCUUGUUUCCCUCGAUCUCACAAGCAACAAUUUCAGUGGCACUUUGCCUCAAGAGUUGUCUCGCUUGUGCCGCUUGAAAUUUCUUUCAAUCGAAGAAAACAAUUUCAGGGGAGAGAUCCCAUCAUGGUUGCCUUUCUUACCUAAACUCGAGUACUUAUCUCUCAGAAGUAACAGUUUCUCAGGUUUCAUUCCAAAAUCCAUUUCCAACUUAACAAAUCUGUAUCAUCUUGAUUUUUCUUUCAAUUCCCUUGAAGGAAUAAUCCCACCAGAGAUUGGUAGACUUCAAAGACUGCAACUUCUGGCCAUUCAAUCAAAUAAUCUGACAGGCAUUAUACCAUCUGCUAUAUUCAACAUGUCUUCUUUACAGAUAUUAGCUUUCAGAGCAAAUGGAUUAAGUGGCAAUCUUCCAAAUGAUUUGUGCGCCACUCUUCCGUUUAUUCAAGGGAUUUAUCUUUCAUUAAAUGAAUUGAGCGGCCAAAUUCCGUCAAAUCUAUCUCAGUGCUCACAAAUUCAAGUGUUGUCGUUGGAUACCAAUUCUUUUAGUGGACCCAUUCCCGCAGCUAUUGGCGACUUAAAAUCUCUACAAAUUCUACAACUUUCGGGAAACCAAUUAACCGGUAUGCUUCAUUUUCUCUACAAAUCUUAG